AUGCUCGCCCUUGACGGCUCAACCCUUGAAGGCGGCGGCCAGCUUGUCCGUGUGGCUCUCUCACUGUCAGCCAUCUGCGAGGUCCCUAUUCGCAUCUACAAUAUUCGCGCCGGCCGAGGAGCGAAUUUGUUCUAUAAGCAGACCAACAACGGUCGAGGGAACAGGAACGGACAUGGGAAUAGGGGAAUCUCUAGCCCUAGCGCGAGGGCAACUGGUGGAACUGCAGCGACUGCUGCAACUGCAAAGCACGGACCCGGCGGUGGGCUAAAAGAGAGCCACCUGGCGGCAUUGAGGUGGUUGGCCCUUGAGUGCGGUGCGGAGGUUGAAGGUGCAGAGGCGAGUAGUCAGGACCUCAUGUUCAAGCCUGCACGACUGAAAUAUGGGAACCGAGAUGCGAGACGAAACAAGACGGAAAGGAACGAAAGUGGGGAGCCAGAAGUGAUCGAACUGAAAAAUCCUGGAAGUGUCUGGCUCAUCUGGCAAGCGAUUUUCCCGUAUAUUGUCUUCUCGAUGCUCCGCCGUCGCAGGGAGAGGCCAGAGACGCCGGCCUUCCGCAUCCGUUUAAGGGGCGGAACGAACGUCCCGAAAUCUCCGUCGAGCGAAUACAUGCAACAGGUGCUUCUCCCUUUGUGCGAGCGCAUCGGACUGCCCAAAGUCGACAUUCAAGUCCUCAGGCGCGGGUGGACGACGGGGGUGUUGGAGAUCGGGGAGGUCGAGAUCUCCGUGUUCCACCCGAGACAAUUUCCGGAAGACGACAAUGCGAGGAGGAAAUCGGAGGCUGACCGCCGGUCAGAGAAGCAGAAGGGGAGAGCUGAUGGCAAGGAGGACGAGGAGAGUAAAGGCUUCGCCCUCCCUUCCUUCCACAUAGCUUCACCUGGACCGAUCACCAUAACAUCCGUCUCAAUGACAAUCCUCGCAGGCUCCCCUAAGACGCAUUCGCUUGCUGAGUUAAAUCUCGUCAACGCCCUGCGAAAGAUACCGCCGUUCUCGUCCCCCUCCAUCCCCGUCCAAUUACACCCUUCCUCUGCGGACUCGGGCGACGAGCGCCGCCUCUACAUUCUGCUAGUCGCACGGACCUCUGCGGGCUACGCCCUGGGGAGAGACUACCUCAGCCCAGGCCGGAAGGUCACGAACGAAACAGAACGCCACCGCAUGGUAGAGGAAGCAGUGGGCCACGUGGUACGCAGCUUCACCCGGGAGUGUGUCAGGGGGAGCUGUCUCGAUGAAUUCGCCGAGGAUCAGUUGGUCAUUUUCCAGGCUCUUGCGGAUGGGGCGUCGAGUGUCGACGUGGGAAGAUCGGGCAAGAACAAGGAAAAGGGGGAAGAUAGCGGGAGUUUACACACGAGAACGGUACGGUGGGUGUGUCGCGAGAUGUUGGGGACGGUGUUUGAUGGGCUGGGCGGAUGUGAAGGGCGUGGGCUGUGCAGGGAGGAAGGAGGUGUUGAUAUGGUAAGAGAAGGGGUGGAAGUGCUGAAUAUCGACGAAGACGAGGAAGAAUAA